AAAUUUAAACUGGAUUCUGCAGAGAAGAGAUAAACAGCUGCUUAAUUCGCGCUGGUUUUCAAGUGAAAACUCUGUAUUGUUGUGGAAAUAUUGCUGCAGUUUAGCUCGCUAGAAGUGGAAAAUUCGACAGUUAAUCAAAAAUAUUGAGUUGUAUAAUCAUAACAAACGACAUGAGUAAUUAUUGUUUAGGUCGUCAAUAGUGUUUCGAAAAAUCAGUAUAUGAAGAGGUUUUUCAUGGUGUUUUUUAGAAUUCAAGUUUUCUAGUUGCAUUGUGAGAUAUUGCCAAUCUUAGCAGAGGAAAAAUCAAACAAAAAUGCUUUGCUACGAGGGCAAAUUAAGCUUGUACUGCUUUCUCAGUGCGGUCUUCUGCCUUGCACUGCUGUGGGUGUUCUUUGAUCUGGGAGUCUUCGCCGAACCAAUCGAGUUCUGGGGCCGGGCUUCUCUGCUGGCCACCUACUAUCUGGUGCUUAACGUUGUGAUUCGGCUGAAGUUUGCCUCCAAAGACUAUCAGGUUGCAGUGCGGGCUACUUUCCUGGGCGCAGUGUUUUCGCUUGGCAUCAUAAUUUUCCAAUGCUGCGAAGAACGGUACAAGUCGUUUGGAAUCUAUGUCGCUCUGAUGGCCACCUUCCACUAUUCCGAGUAUCUGGGAAUAGCGUUCUGCAAUCCGAAGACGCUGUCGCCGGAUUCGUUCAUACUGAAUCAUUCGAUUCACUAUGCCCUGGCUGCGGUUGCCAGUUGGCUGGAGUUCUUCAUCGAGGUGCACUAUUUUCCAGAUAUGAAAACACACCGAAUACUGUGGCUAAUUGGCCUGGGUUUAUGCUUGGCUGGGGAGGCCCUGCGAAAACUAGCCAUGAUCACAGCUAGCAAAAAUUUUAGCCAUAUCGUUCAGUUUGAACGACAUCAAGGGCAUGAGCUGGUUACCACUGGGGUCUAUAGUUUGAUGAGGCAUCCGUCGUAUGUAGGAUGGUUUUGGUGGUCUAUAGGAACACAGGUGGUGAUGGACAAUCCGGUCUGCUUCGUAAUCUACACCAUCGCCAGCUGGAAGUUUUUCCACGACCGCAUCUUCAUGGAGGAGAUCACACUGUUGAACUUUUUCGGCGAAGACUACUACAAGUACCAGCAGCGGGUGCCGACGGGACUGCCCUUCAUCCGGGGCUUCAAGGUGGAACUGUGAUAUUUCGAACGGGAUCAUCCUGCCAGGGACAGGGACGACGGGAGCGGUGCGCAGCACGACGACGACGAUGACAGCAGUUGUAGUGGUGGGAGAGACGACGGUAUUGAUGGUCACAGUCAGGCCGGUGCCGGUGACUGUGCGAUUGAUGAGACUGAUGAGUGGAGGGGUGGCAGCAGUAGUAGGAACAAGCGAAAGUUGUGCGCCAGCAGGGACAGUACGAGCGUGACGUUGGUUGUUGGUGAUGAUGAUGAUGAUGAUGAGUUGGACGUCGACGACGACGACGAUGAGGACGAUUAUGGUCGAGACCGGGAUGAUCGCGGGAAUAUGACUGGUAGCUUCUACCACGGACGCAAUAGACCUUAUUCAGGGAGCUACGAUAAUGUGUACGAUGAGUCAACGAUUGUUUAAUUAGGAAACGAGGGGAGUGCAUGAAUGUACGUACCUAUUUGAGUGCGUCUAUCAUAUGUGUUUGUUCAUUUUUUAUACUCAUACAGCUUUUGUUCCACCAAGAAUUUGUUGGACCCUCUGUACAGCGUAGCACAGAUUACUUCUUACUAAAACUUAGUCAUUAUUGAGUAGUACACAAUAAAGGAUAGUCAAAAUUGUUUACCUUUCUAAAGUAUUCUAGAGUAUUUUGACCCUCCGUCGGUCGGUUGUUCUGAUGAAAGAAACAGAAUAUCACCAAUAUCACCUGCUAUUGGUAAUAUUUACAGGUAUGUGAUGAAGUUUAUCGCCAUUUUUGCACAUCGGUAGGUUUGCUGUAGGAAGCAGUAAAAUAGUAUUGUUAGAACGAUGGAACAAUGAUUGAAGCAUGCGCUCGCUUACUUCAACUUCAAGUAGAGUUCAUCCUUCGAUGUAAUUCUAGCUAGUCAUUGUGUUAAGUUUGUUAAAUGCAUUUACUAGAACUGAAGGCACGAGUAUUGUUUGCACCGAUAUUCAAGAAUUCCGAAUUAAACCUUUUUUGAGGCAUUUAAAACGUAUUAAAAACGGGAUCAAAGUUAGAACAGGGUCGAAAAGCUUCCACAAAUUCUGAAAAAAAGAACUUAACGGUAAAAUUAAUAAUAAUAAUAUUCAAUAAUUUAAUAUACCAGUUAUUGUCGAUCGUCUCUUAGAGGUUUGCAGAUGUUUUGAACUCGUCUUCAAUUAUUCAUAUUUAGUAAAUAGAAAAAUACAGCCGCGUUAAUGUAAAACUAAA